AAGAUGACUGGUCCAUUUGGAUUUACAGUGUUUUUUCGUGGCGGGAUUAUUCUCUGCUUUUUCGCCCACAUUUCCGCUCAGAUCACAUAUUCGGUAUCAGAGGAGGUGAAUAAGGGCAGUGUUGUUGGAAAUAUCGCGAAGGAUGUAAAUCUUAAUGUUCACGAAAUGGGCUCUCGGAUGUUUCAGAUUGCUGCUGUGUCUGGGAGAAAAUAUUUUGAUGUAAAUUUAAAGACUGGUGCUUUAUUCGUUAACGAAAGACUCGACAGAGAGGAGCUUUGCCCUAGCUCGGCGCGGUGCUCAAUCCCGUUAGAAGCCAUUGUUAACAACCCUUUGCAUUUGUACCGCGUCGAGGUAAAUAUCUUAGAUGUGAAUGAUAACUCGCCUGCCUUUCGUUUAAAAUCAAAGGAGUUUAAUAUAUCCGAAGUGGCGUUUGUUGGUGACAGAAUCCAGCUACCCAGAGCAUCAGACUCUGACGUCGGAGCUAAUUCGGUGAAAACCUACAAACUAAGCUCGAAUGAGCAUUUCUCUCUGGAUGUCCAUGGCGGUGGAGAGCAAAGUGUAUCUGCCGAGUUAGUCCUGCAGAAAGCGUUAGAUCGAGAGAAACAGUCGAAAAUUAACCUAAUACUUACUGCGUUGGAUGGUGUGUCUGUUAUCUUCUUGCUGAGCCUCAUCAGUUUGAUAGCUGUGAAAUGCCACAGGACAGACAGCAGUUUCAAUGGUGGCUACAGCGCCCCAGUGAUCACCACACACCCUGACGGGAGCUGGUCUUACUCCAAAUCUACACAGCAGUAUGACGUGUGUUUUAGUUCCGACACCUUGAAGAGUGAUGUGGUCGUUUUCCCUGCACCAUACCCUCCAGCAGAUGCAGAGCUGAUCAGUAUUAACGGGGGAGACCCUUUUGACAGGACACAAACACUCCCCACUAGAGAAAAGGCACAGCAAGAGGCAGAAAGAUAG